UAUUGUUCUUCUGUGAACCAUAGUGGAGACAUGGAUGUUAGUGUAAAUUCCUAUUGUACCGUGUUGGAUAAAACAAGCCAAUCUAAAUUCCUUUGUUACACUCGCAGGAAAGACGGAAUGCUUAGUGUCUGUCUGACAGAUGCUGCAAAUGUCUGGAGUGUGGAGUAUACUAAGGACAGCCUGAAGCACCUUGGGCAGCAGUUUGCCUUAAAAUCUACAGAGGAUUAUGUCUUAAAACUCAGGGCAUCCUGCAAUAGUGGAGAUGUGUCUGUUGCCGUGCAUGAGGUUGGUGCAGAGCUGCGUUUGGGAUCCAGUCCAGGAGACCUGAGUGUAACCCUGUCCAGACUGGAAGGUCCACAGGCCACAGACAAGUUGAGGGAGCUGCUGUUCACGAUGGCUGACAGCCUCACACAGCUUGACAGUGGCCCCUCAAGUGGACCCCCCUCAGCCAGUCCAGUGAAAAAUUACCAAAGACGGCCCACAGAGUUUGAGCCCUGGCAGCAGCAGAGCAGCGCUCCAGCAAUGACCAUGAAGAGAAGACUUCCAGGGUCCUCACUCAUCAACCCAGGGGUUAAAAAAAAGCAGCAAGCGACUGGCGUUGCCUUUGAUGAUGCAGAUGAAGACUGAUCGUCCUCCUUGUACUCAUAGUCCUGCUGCGCAGCGAGAGAUGAAUGAUCUUUUAAUCCACUAACAGAACAUGAAAACCUCAGUGCAUAUUUAUGGGAUCAAAGCUUAAACUUUAACUGCUUUUUAUGAAACACUGACUUUUAAUGCUAUAUAAUGGUUGUCUCCAAUAAAUGAUUGAAUGAUAAUUUGUAAUAAA